GACUCAGGUCAUGUGACUCUCUGGUGAAACGGGCUCACGUGACCCGGUCCCGCUCCCAGCGGGCAGGAGGAAGGCGCCGGUUGCCAUGGAGAAGCGCCUGCUGCUGCCCCUGUGCCUGUGCUGGGCCCUGAGCGCGGGGGGCGCCGAGCGCAGCGGGCCCCCCAACCUCCUCAUCCUGCUCAUGGACGAUAUGGGUUGGGGUGAUUUGGGAGUGUUUGGAGAGCCCUCUAAAGAAACCCCUAACUUGGACCAGAUGGCUUCAGAAGGGAUGCUCUUCCCAAAUUUCUACACUGCUAACCCUCUGUGCUCUCCAUCACGGGCAGCGCUGUUGACGGGACGUCUCCCCAUCAGGAAUGGGUUCUACACCACGAAUGCACAUGCCAGAAAUGCCUAUACGCCACAGGAGAUAGUAGGGGGAAUCCCAGAUUCUGAGCUGCUGCUUCCAGAAUUGCUGAAGAAGGCGGGAUAUGUCAGUAAGAUCAUUGGCAAAUGGCAUCUGGGUCAUAGACCCCAAUUCCACCCCUUGAAGCAUGGAUUUGAUGAAUGGUUUGGAUCUCCUAAUUGCCAUUUUGGACCUUACGAUAACAAAGCCACCCCAAACAUCCCUGUUUACAGGGACAGGGAAAUGAUUGGCAGAUAUUAUGAAGAUUUCAAAAUUGAUCUGAAGACAGGGGAAGCAAACUUAACUCAGAUCUACUUACAGGAAGCUCUUGACUUUAUUAGCAGGCAGCAAUCCAGUCAACAGCCGUUCUUUCUCUAUUGGGCUAUUGAUGCCACUCAUGCUCCUGUUUAUGCCUCCAAACAUUUCUUGGGCACUAGCCAGAGAGGGUUAUAUGGUGAUGCAGUGCGAGAAAUUGAUGACAGCAUUGGGAAAAUCCUAAAGUCCCUUCAAAACCUGGGCAUCAGUGAGAACACUUUUGUGUUUUUCACAUCUGAUAAUGGAGCUGCUCUUAUUUCAGCACCUAAACAAGGAGGUAGCAAUGGUCGCUUUCUGUGUGGUAAACAAACCACUUUUGAAGGUGGGAUGAGGGAGCCAGCUAUUGCUUGGUGGCCAGGCCAGAUACCUGCAGGACACGUGAGUCAUCAGAUGGGUAACGUGAUGGAUCUCUUCACCACCAGCCUCUCCCUAGCUGGAUUGCAGCCUCCCAGUGACAGACACAUUGAUGGUAUUGACCUUUCUCCUGCCAUCCUGCAGGGCAAGCUAAUUGACAGGCCGAUAUUCUAUUACCGUGGCAACGAGAUGAUGGCAGUAAGACUUGGGCUUUACAAGGCUCACUACUGGACCUGGAGCAACUCCUGGGAGCAGUUCAGUCAGGGUAUUGAUUUCUGUCCUGGGCAGAACAUUUCUGGAGUAACAACCCAUACUCAGGAGGAACACACCAAACUGCCUCUGCUCUUCCACUUGGGAAAGGACCCUGGGGAAAAGUAUCCAAUAAGAUGCAUUUGGUCCCAUUAUUUCACUGACCUGACUCUUUUGAUUACUGGAAAAGUUUUUCCAGCUCUGAGUACCAGGAAGUUAUGGAACAAAUAUUCCCCAAAGUUCAGCUGCACAAGAAGACCAUGGUGCCAGGGGAGCCACAGCUAAACAUGUGUGACAAGGCCGUCAUGAAUUGGGCUCCUCCAGGUUGUGAGAAGCUAGGAAAGUGUUUGGAACCUCCCAAGUCCAAUCCAAAGAAAUGCUUUUGGCCGCACUAAUAUUCCAACACGCAGGGUCUGCUCGAAAGCCAUAAGCAGCUGAGGUCAUGGUUCACAAUGCACAUGGACACUUGUGUUUACGUCAUGGAAGGGAGUGAUGUAAGAUAACAUCACAUACUCUUCAGAAAGGACCAUGAAAGGUUCUCUUAAUGGUUACAGCAUUACUUCUCAGGGUUAUAGCAAUUAGCUUUUGUUUAAUUCAGUGUCUCUCUUAAUGGGUCAAAUGAGAUGUUGCUGCAAUACAGGGUAAAUUUUCAGUAAUGAAUAUAAUUUUUAAAAGAUAUGACUAGAGAAGAUUUUCAGCCAAUCAUAACUCUCUCAUUCCCUCAGGAAUGACAUGGCUGUCCAGUCAACUUGCUCCUUUCCCACUCAGGCUGUUCUCGUGGAUAACUCUUCAUUUAAGUGGCCAAAAGUGGCCUCAAGGGAAGGUCCAAGAAGAAGGUUGCCAAGAACUUUCAUACCCUCCAGAUAGAAUAUGCCAGAUUUGCUUUGUUUUACUUUCUAGUCACAUAGGAAUAAUGUUUGUAGCUAGCUGCAGUAAUUUUCAGUAACUGUUUUUUAAAAUUGUACUUAUGUUGUAAGCUCUUUGAGGCAUGGCUUUAUUUCCCUUCUAUCUUUUUAGUGUGUGUACGCAGCACCUAGCACAUUGGUCCCUGAUCCUUGGUUGGGCUACUUACGUGCUAUCACACGACAAACAACACCAACGGGCUCUGUGUCUCCCUGCUGUAAACAUUCCCUUCAAUAGCCCAAUAUUAACCAGCAGCUUCCAGGCGGGAGAAUGCCCUGUAUUUCUCAAGCAUGAAUCUGCAAACACAGCUGUGGUGAGCAUGAGCUAGGUAAUGUUUGUAAUGCACUUCGAAGAUGAAAAGUGUAAUGUAAGUGCUAAAUUUUCCUACAGUGUUACAGGGAGUUCCUUUGGGACGCAGGGAUGGCCCUCCGGGGCUUAGUGCAUGAUCCAUUCACUUCAGAAAAUCUGGGUUCAGAUAUGGAUUUGGUCAUACUUCCAGCCUGCCAAAGGAAGUCACUUUUCAGUCAUAUGGGCACAGCCAGCUGGAGGCUCAGAAAGGCCCAUUUGCAUCAGGAUCUUUAGUCUUGGCACUGUUCCCAGUUUAUGCUCUAUGGGGAAUUCUUCUCCCCGUGCAAACUGUCCAAGCGCUGCACUCAGCAUCCUGGGGCCAGCAUUCCUGUAAGUGUAGUUCUCAGGAAAUGUGGAUCCCCAGCAGAAUUGCACGUGGAAGGCUCUUCCCCUGGCUCUGUAUCUGGUACUCAUGCGCCUCACUAGUGCUAGCGGCUUUCUGCUGCACAAAGAAAAGUCCUGUGCAGCUUUUCUGGGCCACUGAAGACCCCACUUCUGUCGCUCCAGAGCACCCAUUUGUCGUGAUGUGGAGGUGAGUUGCUUCAGGAAGGAAACAAUCAAGAUAUCCCACGCUGCUGCACAGCUUUUCCACUCCUCCCCCCACCAAACCCCACAACUCCAGAAAAACGGAGACAACCAGCUUCAGUGCCAACCAUUAUACCACCCUUUGCGACCCUGGCUCUACACCUUUUGCCCACACAAGCACUUCCCCUGCCUCCAAGCCUAAAUAACCAAUCCUUCUGUUCCCCAAAGUACUUACCUCCUCUAAACCCCUUCACAGAGGCUCGACAGGCCCACAGAUAUAGGAUUGUCAAGAAGUGACACUGGAGUUGGCCUUGGCGCCCUUGGUGUCAGGAAUUAUAACCAGGAAUUAUCACCCUCUAGCAGAGCCCUCUUAGUAUCUCUCAGAUCUGCUCGUCUGUCGGCGUGAUUUUUCUGCUGUUCUUCAUCGUAUUUACCUUGUGGGUUAGAGUGUUCCUUGCUAUCCAUCAAAGAUCUCAAGGCAUCUCUGGUUGAGUCCUAACAUAUUUUAUGUAUGUCAUCACAGUAUGGCUGGUGCAAAUGGCCCAUUUUGAGUGAUACGCUGGAUGACCGGAGAUGAUGGAUUGGAUCCUGAGUGUAGCCAAAAGAAUCAUUACAAAACCGGCACCCCCGUUUCAGAUCUCUCUCCUCUCUGAGCUUGACUGCCGCUGGGGCCUGUCACCCAGAAAUGCUCAGAGCUUUACUAUCCACGUUUAAUACUCUGCACUAUCAACAGGCAUGGAGAUCAGAAGAUGUUGGAUUCCUUCAUUAUGAUGCUCUGAAAAUCACUGUCAACCUAAAAUGUAAUCAUUAUGAAUGUAACGCUAUGAGAUCCGUGGACGAAAGGCACCAUAUAAACAGGGGUCAAUGCUUGUUCUUUGAGCUCCAGCCCAAACACACUAAGUUAUUGCUCAUUCUAAGCAUUUAUACCAUGCUUGUCACAGUAGGAUCUGGGUGCCUCUUAUCCCAUGUAUUCCUUACCUUCCUCCCCCUUUUUCUUUCUUUCCCAGCUAAUCAUCUGUCUCGAAGAACUGCUUUUUCACUCUCUAUACUCUCUUUUUCCCUGCUGAUACAGGCCCAUCAACUUCCUCAGUAUUUGAUCAGUUACAUGUCGCCCUGAUUUUCAUCACUCUGACAAGUCAGUUGCUUGAGAUAACACUCCCACACUCCUGAUCUCUGUGAUCAGAAACAAAGGAACAGUCAGACACCACAAGCCAUCAUCCUUAGUACAUCUGACUGUUCCUUUACUAACUUUAGACUUUGCUAACUCCAGGUGGGUUGCAUCAACUGAAACAUUCCAGAGGAGCACAUAAUAUUGACAUUUUCCCUCCUGUCUUUCUGGUUCUCUAAGCAUCAUAGUGUUGUAUUAUUGUCUGGAAAAAAAAAGGGGGGGGGAGGAGAGAGAAACCAACUUAGAGAAUGUGCAAAAAUAAAUAAAACGGAUGCACAAGCUUGUAAAGCAAAAUGGCAGUGCACCCAGCCAGGGCCCCUUAAUGGGGGCACAGUAAGAGAAAUGUAACAACCUGGGGAUCCCAUGAUGACUUGUUAUGAUUACACAGAUAUCAAGAGUACUGAAUUGAUUAGGUUUUACAAACAGCCUUAAGUGUUCAUUAUAAUAUUUCUAAGAUAUUGAAUUUAUAACGUAUCUCUGGGGUCUGUGGUGCGAUUUGGAAACAAUCAUGCCAAAGUGAUAAAUGCUGAGAAGUGCAGCAUUUAGAACCAGUUUUUUCAAAAGGGUGUGUGCAAAAUAUCUGCAUGUGCACAUUUAUUUGCAGUAGUUGUGCACAAAAAUAGCCGUUUAGAUGUCUAAUUGAUCUAAUUAAUUACUUGCAUGUGCUGUUAUGACGAGUGAAUACACAGAUUGUGCACACAUCUGCAUGCAGAAUUCUGGAUGCUGUAAGUGAAUUGACAGUGAUAUUUGUUUAAUUCUCUGCUCUGCCCUUGUUUCUUUAUAAGAGACAGAAAUUUCAUAUGAAGGAGCUAUUGCUUUAAAUUAAAAUAAGAAUAAUUGUAGAAAACGGAAAUAGCUGUAUUGUUAAGAAGUAUUUUUAAUCAAUGCCUCUUCCAAAAGUGGACAGUUUUUAAACUUGUGGGCCCAGGGAAAUUGAAGAACAAAAUAAAAGGGUAUUUGAUCAGCA